CAAAAGAAACCUUUCGUCCUCCUCAUCGUCUUCUCCUCCCGCAGUUGCAGAAGAAAUAAAGGAAAGCUUUUUCAUUCACGGCGGAGCCUCCACAGAGAAAUUCCACUUAAAGUUAAGGACUUCAAUUCUCAAUUGGAUUCCAGAGUGAAAACCCAGAAAGCUAAUAUGGCGAAGCGAGAGCUUUCCAGCACUCUCAGGAACUUAAAGUUUAUGCAAAGAGCAACUCAGAGAGAGGUGAAGAAAGAGGAAGAUGUCAAACCAGCUGUGGAUUUUGCUUUCCCUUCCCGCCAAAUAAGAAAGUGCGUGGUCAUAGUGGAAGGUGACCCUCAACCUGAAGCAGUUAGAGGGCGGAUGUCGUUUCAAAGUUUCAAUCCAGCGAUUGAUAAACUGAAUCAAGUACCGGAAAACCCUGGUCAGCCUGCUGCCGCUGCCACAUCUUCUAGCAUCCAUAGUGAAAAAGUGUCAUUUAGAGAAAAUGGAUCCUCGAUGGAUGAAGCAGGGUGCUCAAAUACUGACAAGUCGAACGGUGAGCCUAAUGGAGACCAUAAAAGAAAACAGUCCGAAGAAGUUUCUGGGAAACAACAUCCGAACAAGUCGCCCAAACUUAAUCAAGUUGGUCAGCAGUCAUCACCAAAUACAAGUAAGGGCUCCUUCAGGAAACCAAAGGGUGAAAACCUGAACUGGAAUGUUCUCAGACCAUCAAAGGGUCAAAACAAAAGAGGCUAAGCAUAACUAGGUGAUUCACUUAUAGUUGCGUGUACUUUUACUUUUUAAUUGCUUUCAAGCCCUAUCAUUUAAAUGUGUAAUCUUGUCAAAUAUUUAAUGCUAGCUUCUCAUAAUAGCCAUUCAAAUUUGUUAGAUUUUAUGGUGAA